GAAUGACCUUACGUGUUAACUGUACUAUCGCACUCUCAGCAGCAGUAGCUGACUCUGCGGCCGCCUGUUCCCGCCGCUUUGGCCUCGUGAUCUGGGCGGAGGUCCUUCACGCACUGGGUUACGGUGGGGUCUGGGUUUCGGCGUUGCAAGGCUUCAUUAUUCGCAGAAAUGCCGCAGAAAAAGCCAGUGAGAAACCCGUAUUAUUUCUUCAUGCUGGAGAAGAUCCCCGAGCUGAGGCAGAAGGGGAUCCAAGUGAAGGGACUCAAAGACGCUGCUCCGCUCUGCAGCUCGGAGUGGGAGUCACUGACUGAAUUGGAGAAGGAGAAGUUUAUACGGAUGGCACAUCAAUGGAAAGCUGAGAAAAAUAACAAGAUAGUGAGCAAAUCUGAAAGAAAAGAACAGUUGCUAAAAUCCUGUGCUCCCUUUAACAACAAGGGAAAUGAGCAAUCCUCCCACGGACUGGUUUAGCGAUAAAGAGGUUUGUGAUGAAGUUUUCCAUUUUAUCAGCUUCCUCAGCUUGGCAGAGCUUCCUUCAAACUGUGAACAACGUUUCCUGCUUGCGAGAUGGCUUGUGUUAAAUAUUCAAUGAAGAAAGGCGUAAUAGAUGAAUUUCAUUGCUUCAUAGAUCCAGGCACGAUCCCUUGUGGUUUUCGAUACCGUUGCCAGGUUUCAAGUGACAGCACUCAUAAAAUUCCACUUUCAAACUUUGAACUCGCCAGUUCCAAUUAUAGUGAGCUCCUUCAACAGUUCUUUGCUUUUCUGAAACCAGUAAGAAGCAAUGGUUUCCUUCCACUUUACUGUAAGUUGGCCGAGUGCUUCAGAGUAAAUUGGUGCCUGAACUGGUUAGCCUGCAAAUCAGGUGGCAGCAGCAUUCCAGUGAACGUUUUUGAGCUAGAAGAACUCAUAGUGAAACUUUAUGAGCACAAGCUAAAAGAAAGGCCUUCAAAGGCUAGUGUUGAAAGAAUGCUGAAUGUAAUGGUUUGGGAUUAUGCCACGAAUACCAGGUGUAAAUGGCAUGAUCAGCAUGACGUAGUGUAUUGUGCAUUAGCAACAACCAAGAAAUACACAUACUGCAUCAGUGAUUCGUUGGCUUCUGUUUAUGAAUUUGAGAUAACAACAGCACACAUUCCAAAAAGAGAGUUGACCUAUGGCACCGUAUUGAAUCCUAAAGUGUUAGUAUUGGAUCAUCAUUAUCAGCAAGCUAAACCUACAGAGAAUCUGACCAGACGUUAUUUUCAUUCACACUCUGAAGCCACAGUUUCCAGCAUUGCCAGCGGUAAAAAUUGUGUUUUGGCAUCCAAUUCGAUGGAUUACCCCAUUGCAGCUCAGUUUGGGAGAGGGAGAGGUGCUCUCGCUGCAUGGCUGAAUUUCCCAUCCCGUCCACCUCCAGGUCUUCAGCAAUAAAUGCAUUUAAUUAUAGUUGAAUCAGUUAAACAAAUAAAGCCACUUGGUGUUCAAAUCUAAUUUUGUGCAUAUGCUACAGCAGCAUACAUAAUACAGAUAUAGGAAUAUCAAAUAUCAUAAUGUGAAGCCUAGUAAUGGGACUCUAUCAGGGAGAGAAUUUUCUGUGAUUACAAUUGCAGGAUUGACAAUCGAGAUAGCAAUUUUUUUUUGUAAAAAUCAAUCUUCAUGGAAAACGCACAUUUGCACUCUCCAAAUGGCACAUGAUUUCAAGUUGAGAUGUACAUGUAUUAAAGAUAUUGCAUGGAAAGUGGAGAAUUCUUUUGCUGGAGAAAUGGCACCAAGUUUCUGUGUUUGCUUGUUUUGUGUUCUGAUGAUUCUGUUCCUGAAAUUGUUCCUGUUAAAGUUGUUAAAUAAAAUACUUGACAUCAGCUUGCUGUGGUGACAAUUUGUAGAGAAUUACUUUUAAGUUUUAAAAAUCUAAUUUAGAAAGGCAAACCUUGGAGCUAAAUGAUGCUAUUAUCAAUUAGCGAAUGGAAAAUUAUGUUUGCACAUUUAUCAAAUGGGCUAAACUGAAUUUGGCUAGCUGACCAGAAGUGUAAUGAGUGGUGUUUGUAGUGUGGUGGGGAGGAGAAGAAGACAGGAUUGAAGAGGACAGACCUUUAACAGCGUGUUUUAGAAAUUACAUUUUUGAGAUAGUUUUCAACUUUUAUGUCAUCCAUUUGAAAAAUUCAUCUUUUUUUUCCUUCACAAAAACAAAAUUGGACAAUGAAGCUGUGCUGGGCAGUUGUAGUUUAUUUUUUUUAAUUGAUUACACCUUGAUUUUUAAAUCUGUAAAGGAAUUUAAAACGUGAUCAAAAUUAUUUUGAGAAAUAAUCUAAAGCUAUUAUUUACUGGUAAUGUCCAAGAUCUUAGCUGUGGUAGAAAAUCCUAUGGAAUCACUGGACAUUUGGUCCUCAGUGCACCUAAAAGGGAGUGCCUAUUCAUUAGAACACUUGUACAUUAUAAGAACACAAGAAAAGUAGGAGCAGAAACAAGCCACCAGCCCCCUCAAGCCUGCCCUGUCAUUCAGCGUGAUCAUGGCUGAUCUUUACUGGCAUCAACUCCUCUUCUGUGCCGGUUCCUUGUGGCCCUUAAUUUGUCAAUCUUUCAGAUAUUUAUCUUUUUCCACCUUAUGCUUUUAAUAGUCUAGCCUGCACCAACCUUUUGGGCAGAGAAUAUUAGAGAAUCCCUUUGUGAAAGGGCUGAAAAUUUGUGAAAUUUUCUGGAGUUUUUUGUUUACAGCUCCUGUGGCCAGUCUACAGUAGAUGGCUGUGAGAGAGCCUUAAAAUAUUUGCUGUUCCUUGCUACCUACCUGCAAUACAUUGCUUUGUACUUUUUUUUAGGAUUUAGGCUUAUACAUGUCCUCCCUAGCUUACGAACACCCAGCAGUGCAUACAUACUAACGAGCAUUUGGGAGAGCAGCCUUUUUGGAUUUGCUGGCUGCUAUGGGGCUGCAGGCAUCUUCUGCUGUGUGGGAACACAGAUCACAACUGCAUGUGUGUUUGAAGGGGCGGGAAAGAGUCCCAGUUUAUCCAUCCUCUCCUUCAAUCCUGGUAACAGCACUGUGAAUUUUUUUUCUGCACUCACCAAUGACUUGUACAGUUGUAACAUGACACUCCAACUGCUGUGCUCAGUGCCCAGAUUGAUGAAGGCAAUCAUGCCAAACACUGCCUUCACCAUCCUGUCCACCUGUGUUGCCACUUUCAGAGAACUAUCUACUUGUACCUGUAGGUCUCUCUGUUCUACAACACUCUCCAGGGUUCUACCAUUACUGUGCAAGUCAUGCCCUGGUUUGACUUACCAAAGUGCAACACCUCUCACUUGUCAGAGUUAAAUUCCAUCUGUCAUUCCUUGACCCACUUCCCUAGUUGAUCUAGAUCCUGUUGUAAUCUUGGAUAACCCUCUUCACUAUCACCAAUUUUGGUCUCAUCGUAAACUUACUAACCAUUGCUAACUUCUCAUUCCAAAUCAUUAAUAUGUAUGACCAACAACAGGGGACCCGGCACCGAUCCCUGCUGCAUACCACUGGUCACAGGCCUCCAAUCUGAAAAUCAGCCCUCCAGUAGCUCCCUCUGACUCCUUCCACCAAGCCAAUUUUGUAUCCAAUUGGCUAGCUCAUCCUUGAUCCCAUAGGCUAAUCCAAAUGAUUAGAUCACAUCAUACAAGACCUUGUCAAAGGCCUUGCUAUAGUCCAUGUUGACAAUGUCCACCGCGCUGCCCUCAUCAAUCCUCUGUGUCACCUCUUCAAAAACAAAAAUCAAUCAAAUUUCUGAGACACUAUUUCCCACACAAAGUCAUCAGACUAUAGCUAAUCAGUCUUUGCCUUUCCAAAUGCUGGUACAUCCUGUCCCUCAGAAUCUCCUCCAAUAACUCCCACAACUAAUGUUAGGCUCACUGGCCUGUACUUCUCUGGCUUGUCUGUUUUUAUUCCAGCAUCUGCAGUCUCUUGUGUCUCCAAGUUUGUUCUUGUUCCCUUUGUGGCACUUUCUUCAAAUGGAUGAGCCCAUCCAUUUGUCUAUUGAAACAAACUGCUUUCUACACUCCAAGGAAGUGACCAGAAGGACCUGGCAAAGUCAUGGGUGGAUGACAGAUGCUGAAGAUGAAAAGUAAUGGCUAGGGAUUAGGAGAGUGAACUUGCAGAUUGCAAGAUGCCAGAGAUUGAAAAACAGCAACUGAGGAAAAUAUGAGGCUCAUAGUGAGAAACUUCAGUGGAAGUAGUGGAGGCAGCAUCAACGAUGCAACUGUAGUGGAACAAGAAUAUCCGCAACUAAGGUAGGGUUUGGUCAUAGUACUGGCAUCCCAGCAAUUUAGCAGGACUAACAGUGAUGUAGAGCUAUGGAAAGAGAUUCCAGUAAAAGAGCAAGUGUUCUUGCAUGUAUCAUAUUUGUGUCAAUUAUAAUGCAAUCAUCCACAUUCAAGUUGUGUAUGGGAUCAUAACAAGUGACAUUCUGAGGGGAGCCGUGAGAGAACCCAAGGGGUCUGCAGCUAGAUGAGUGAAUAAGACAGGUGGGAAAGGUUGGUGAGAUUAUCCCUCUGGGGAUGCACUGUAGUAUAAAGCCAUUGUAAGUGUUUGGCCACUUGGCCAACAGUAAAAUUUCAGCUGAUUAGAACUUGAGAGAUCUGAAUGAAAUAUCAACUUGGAUUUGUUUUGCAUUAGGCCACAGUGACAUGGGGAGCAUUAAUGGCAGGAUCUGAAAAUUCACCAUUUUAGCAAAAAGUAAAACUUUAAGCUAGUGUCUUAAAUUGUAACAAGUCUGCAAUACCUUGAAUAAAAUUAAGACAGAAGGCAAACCCAAAUACUUAAAGCACAGGAAGAGACCAUUCACCACAUCAGGUCUAUACUGGCUCACAAGGCAUCAAUCCCAUUAGUCCUAUUCCCUUAUUUCCCUGCACCCUUGCUACUUAUUCUCUCACCCACAUGCCCAUCAA